CAAAAUUUGAAAACUGAAAGCGCGCGUAUACUUUGUUUAUUGUUUUGUCUCCUGUCUGAGGUUGCUGCUCACUAGAUGGCCAUGAAACGUCAGAUCGAGCUAAAUUUUUUGUCUCGUUGGGGUUAAAGUUAACUCGAAAACAAAUAGCUUGUUUUACAAAUUUAACCCGUCAUCUGACAAACAUUUUCCCUAGGUCCUGUCUGCAUGUAGAAGCUAUAUAGGGUGGACUGGAUUGUGAAAGGUUUGGAAAAGGAAAUCAUUGUAUUUUAGUUUGACCACUGCGUCCAGGCAUUCAUCAGAGUUGACGCUGUACCUAAAAAAUGGAGGGACCAUCAGGAGCUUCAAGCAGUGGUACAGGAUACAAAAAAUCAAGAGGUGCCAAUUGGACAGAAGAAGAAACAGAACAGUUGUUGGAGGCAUGGGCAGAUAGAGAUGUUCAACUGCUCCUGGAGAAUGGCCCUCGUACUAGGCAGGCUUUUGAAAGAGUGUCAUUUAGUCUUGCUGUACACCACAUGGAAAAAACACCAAACCAAUGCCGUGAGAAGAUCAAGAAGCUGAAAACCAGGUAUCGCAAAUUGAACAAUCAUGGAAAAGUUUCGAAAAAUAUGCCAGAACGUCUAAUACACAAGCUCCACCAAGUGAUGAAAGGUAUUCCUAGUGUAUCUUCAGCCACUAGCAAAGCUCAUGGCGCCAAUGCUACUUGUAAUCAUGAGGAAAUGGAUGGAGCAGAAACCGAGGGACCAACACCAAAUAAUGUUGUGGACCUUAUCGAUGACGACAGUAGUGCCAGUUCAAAUUCAGAAUCUUUCUCAGGCUUUGAUGCGGAAGACGUAGUUCCCCCAAAACGAGUCCCAAAACAUAAAGAUAAAAGAAGAAAACCAUCCCGGAAAAGAAAAGAAAGCCGUUCCGAAAGACGUUCCGCAGUCUAUAUUCUCAUCGACAAGGUUAUAAGCGCUCAAUCAGCCGCUAACGAACGACUUUCAGCUUUGGAAGAAAGACGUCUAUUGUUAGACAAGGAACUUGAAGAAAAGCGAAUUGAAGCCGAGGCCGCUCGGCAAGAGGCGCAACGUCAACACGAGCUCAGACUGUUGAGUACGAUGGCUCAGCAGAUGGCCUGCAUUCUCAAGGACAAAUUAGGCAAAUGUCACGGUCGGAUUGCCCGCAAGUCUUUCGUGCGCUUCGGCAAACAAGAUAGAACACCACAACAUGGGCAAGUGUUCACACGUGUGAAAUCCAGGAUGGAGCUGAAUUCUUGUUUCAACCAAGACCAAAAUUCAGCGGCUUUCGUACGCGACUGGCGGAGCAAGAAAAUUUCAGCUGCCAAUAAAUUGAUCAACGAGGACACGGCACCGAUCGUUCGACGUAAAACUGUUAUCACCAUCGGAUGUGCCAGCGAAUUAAAAGGCUCGUCUUACCCACCAGAAGACCAUACUGUAUCCGCAUCGGAAGUGGGCGAGACAGCUUGCGGGAGGAUUAGUAUUACUGUUAAAAGUCUUCCGAAAACAGGCAUUCGCAAGAUACCACAAGGUCCUAUUUUUAAUUGCGACCUUCACGAUGAAGACGAAUGGAAGGACACGGUGCCCUUUAAAUCUUCUUCCGUAAGCGAUCCAUCAUGGAUUUACGUCCCAACAAAGCCAGUUCGUCCUUUUUUAACAAACCAACUAACAGCUUGGCAAGAUGAGCAACCGUCGCAUGAUAUCGGUUCAACUUUGGCUAGUAAUUCAUUCAAGACAUCGAAUAAGAGCUGGCCUACAAACGAUGUAGACGCGGGCCAGGAAUUUUUAGGUAAUCGGAAGAAUUCGGAUGCUGUGAUCAGCAAAUUGGAUUCGCCGAAAAUUUGUGCAAAACCCACUUUCAAUGUGAUUAUGAGUGGUGAAUCGAAGAUUCUACAUUUGGCGGAGCAGGAUGCAUGGAGUAUUGAAAAAGAUGCUUGCAGAAUUGAGAAGAGUCCAAUCACUUCGAUAUCUCGUUCUCCAAUCGGCUAUCGUGAAUGGUUAAAAUCACUCGAUCGAUUGGAAGGUGAAUCAUUCCCUAAUCAAAUCCAUUCGACAGUCGAAAAGAAGAUGAAAUGCCAAGAAAGAAAAUCAUCCACUGAUCCUGUUAAAAUGGCCAGUAACAUGACUGCAAUUAAUCAACAAGUUGAAAAUCAUUCAGCUCCCAGAAGCAUCUUAAAGAAUGGACAACACGAAUUGGAUUAUGACAUCCGUCAAGAAAAGCUUGAUGUGGUCCCAAAUCAGCAAUAUCAAAACAAAGCUGUACAGGCAAAAAUUGUUGGCGAAGACAAAUCCAUUAACAUACACAACAAAAAGCCAUUAAAUUGGAUUGAAGAAAGUUCCACUUCUAACCUUGUUGGUUGGACUGCAACAUUUAAUAACAUCACAGACUCGAAAUUCAAUAAAAUGGUACCAACUAAAGAAACUCAUCAUGCUGUUCCUUCCAAAAAUGAGGCUUUUACAGCGAAUCAUCAACCGACCACGACUAGAGUAGACAGGGCCAAUACCAUGGAAGUCAUCAAUAGAAACCAAAUCAACACAGUCAGGUCACGCAGUUCCUCCGGCUGCUGGAAACAGAAUAUCAGCACCCAGGAUGGAACUAAUGAACAAGCACUUUCAUCUGGAAUGGAUCUUUCCAAAGCAACUGAGCUUGUCCGGCACUUCUUCAAUGCAGAAGACGUUGAUAAUCGACAAAGCCAUUCGUUAGUGGUUGAUAAAAGUAAAUUGAGCGCAACGAAAUCCAUCUUGUCACCAGAAUACGAGCAGACAGCACAAUCGAUUCCACAUCUGCCUCAAGGAUCAGCUCAGGAUCAACGUCGUGGACGAACACCGAUCAAAUCGAAAAUUCCGCUGCGGAUCCCGAGACCUGCCAGCAGCGCCGCUUUUUCCAGUUCUAGCAGUUCGACAUCGAUGACACCAGCUGUUGCAGAGAGAGGAAGCAAUUCGAAUUUAAGAAUGAAUGCUUCUAAGAAUAAAGCCAUGCCGAGUAGAAUUAAACCUCCUUCAGUCGGAAGGGCAAGGUCAGUGGAUAGUUCCAGGUUAACAAGUCCAUUAUCAAAUUACGUAUUAUACAGCAAUGUAACAAUGGCCAGAGAAGAAAUGAUGAGUCAAUAAGCAAAAGUUGUUCAGUUUAAAAUCACAUUCCAUAUAUUUUGAAAUUCUAGUAACAUAUAUCUAGGUUGAAUGGGUUUUCCCCGUCUUUUUCCUUUCUAACAUUACAUUGGUAUUCCUAACACAGCAGACUUUGGUUUUUGCCCAGUCACGUUUCGUUUGUCUGGACCGCUUCGAACUUCAUUUUUAUAUUAUUAUUCGUGUCAUUGUAACUCCCAUCUACCGAAUAAUGAAUUCAAGGUUUUGUAGUUUUGUAAUUAUUUCUCUGUGUAUCAAUAUAACUCGAUGACAAA